AUGCCCUCGUCAUCCAUUUUAAGACUUGUCUAGUCACGGUAAGCAUGCGGAUAUGCCUUCACCUGCACGUCACUUUUGUACUUAUUUCCUAUUCCUCGGUGCUCUCGGGCGCCGGCUUCCCUACUCCUUCCACCGCUGAUCUCAUUCUUGUGCGUACAUAAAUAUGACUUGUUCAAGGGCUCUUCUACGUUCUGCCAGUUCUCCUCGUCUGCUACAGACUUGCACGAAAAGUUUCCGCCCAAAUUCUUCAGCUUGCUUUGCUGGUCCCCGUUCCAGACCGUUUUCGAUUGCUCCAUCUCUCAAAAUGCCUGAGCACCUUACCCACGACGAGAUCAAUUCGCAAACAGAUCCCUCGGUCGCGAAGCAGUAUGACUCCAGCACCCCUAAGGAGCAGCAGAUCAAGGACUUCUUCAACAUGGUCGAUGGCAAGAAGAUUGCAAUGUUAAACACGUACAGGAACGGAGUUGGCCCUGUUGGCAGAUCCAUGGCCGUAGCGAAGCGAUCUGGACCAGACAUCCUCUUGCUCGCCAACCAGCACUCGCAGAAAUUCCAAGAUCUCUCCCAAAACAAGGAGGUCCAAAUCACCUUCCAAGACAGCAAGACGCAGGACUGGAUCUCUAUCUCCGGAACCGCGACGACCGUCUCGAACUCCGACCCGCGCAUUAAAGAGCUUUGGUCAAGGGGCAUCAAAGCCUGGUUUGGUGAUCUCGGUGACGGCAAGCACGAUGGCGGGCCUGAUGAUCCCCGAAUGGCGCUCAUUGAAGUCAAGGCGAAGUAUGCCACGUAUUAUCUGACGCAAUCGGGUACGCUGGGGUUCAUCAAGGAGGUUGGCACUGCAGCUGUGACUGGAAAAGUUGCUGAGACGGGGGUAUUGAGGGAGCUUCAUGAAGCGGAUCUUGAGCAGGCCAGAAAGAUGGAGUGAGUUUCUGCUCGAGCAUUUUUUAUUGCGAUGAUAACAUUGGAACUUUGGUAUAGUUUGCCUCUAUCGAAGCUUUGAAGUGCUUUCCCACUCUACAUGGUAGAAAAAACCUUCGAUGUAGCUACGCUAAAUCAUAG